AUGUCCCUCGCCCUCGACCUCGCCUCUCACUCCAUCACCUCCCAGUCGCCGUCGCUCACAGUCUUCGCUCCGGCCGACGCCGCCUUCUCCAACUCCGGCCACCCCACUCUCAACCUCCUCCGCUACCACCUCCUCCCCAUCGCGUUCCCUCUCCGAUCACUCAAGUCCCUCCCUUUAGGCGCCAAGAUCGCCACGCUGCUCGACGGCCACUCUCUCACCGUCACCACUCUGCCGUCCGACCGCCUCGUCUCGCUCAACAACGUCACCGUCACGGCGUCCCCAAUUUUCGACGACGGGUCGUUGAUCAUCUUCGGAACCAACAGGUUCUUUGACCCGUAUUUCCGGAUCUCGGGUCCGAUCCGGAGCUACAGCCCCAAGAAUCUCUGCAGGUUGGCGUCGCGAAACCCUAACGAAGCGAUGGCGGCCGAAACGGCGGCGCAUUACCCGUUCAGUGAAGCAAGCAAGGUGCUGAAAUUGAAAGGCUGCUCUGUUAUGGCUUCGUUUCUUGAAAUGCAAUUCCAUGGGUUUCUCAAGUACCAGACAAUGUUGACCGUCUUCGCUCCCGUUGACCAAGCCAUGGUGCCCCGAAUCGGAGAUCUGAGCGGGUACUCGUCGAUCUUCCGCCGCCACGUGGUCCCCUGCAAGCUUUCUUGGAACGAUUUGGUGAGUCUCGACGACGGCACUGUGUUGAGGACUAAUCUGCAAGGGUUUAUGAUCAACAUCACUCGAUACGACGGCGUUUUGGUGCUCAAUGGGGUCCCGGUGAUAAUGCCGGAGAUGUAUCACAACGGCUGGCUUGUGGUUCACGGAAUCAGUGAGGUUCUUGAGUUUCCAGAGAGUCGACCGGAGCAAGUGGUGGCUCCUUCACCUGUCUCUGAGGCAGAGGGUCACAGCUCCGGUGAGGAUGAGAGUGCCGGAACAGAGCCUUCGGAGCCAGUAAUAGAGGUGCCUUCUUCACCGGAAUUCGAUAGCAGCGAUUCGGAGGAAUUGGAUACUGGCGAUUCUGAGCUAUUUGCAAACAUGUCUACCGAUGAUGAAGGAGCCAUUUCACACAGGCGCUUCUUUGUUUACAGGCCUUCAUAA